ACACUGUAAGAUUGGGGUUGUGAGGGGCUCUAAGCUAGAGAGAGUGUAAAAAAAAGGUAUGCUGGGAAAUUAGCUGAGGGUUACUUCUGUGGCAACAUUCCCGCCCACAACUCAGAGGUGAGUUUCUGAUUAACUCUUGCGCCCCACAUACAAUAUGUCUUAAAAAACAUCACAGGUGUUUUGAAUUUGGCUAAUAUAAUAACCACUGAAUACGAUUUUACAACAGAAAGAAGUAAAGAUGGAGUGGGACUAUAGGAACAAACUUUUUAAUGUAAUUUUCAUUAUCAUAGAAUUGCGUUUUUUUUAAUAUAAAGUACUAAAUGUUUAUUAGUUUGUAAUUUUUCUCAAGUAUUUCUCAAAUAUUGGCAAUGAUUAAAAAGCAAAGUGACCAUGUUAAAUGCGAGGUGGUCAAAAGAGGUUGGUGCAUGAAACUUUUGUGCUGGUGCAUUUAAGAAAAAAACUUUUGUGCACCAGUGCACAUGUUUAAUCUAGAGCCCUGGUUGCACUAAGAAAAUAAAUAUCAACCUCAAAAUCCACUUUAUAGGUAAAUUAUUAGAGCUUAACUGUAAAGUAGCAAAAAAUGCAAACAAAAUAAAAUAAAAAAAAGCCCUAGAUCGCUAUGGGCUAAAAAGUUUAAAGCAGAUAUUAUAACAGAUGUAUCAAUAAGAUUAUUGUUUAGUUUAGUGCUAAAGAGAUUACACUAAAUACCACUUAUUUGUCAGUUUAGUAACAACAGGGAAAAUCUAAGCCUCAUUGAUGGAAUACAACAGAAAACCCUGACCUUCCUCAUACACUCAUAAAGUUAAGGAGUUCAUGCCUCUUCUUCUGCUUUUCUUUAUUUGAAUGUGCUCAUCCGGGAGUCACACAGCAGCUCUCCCUCUUCUGCUUUCGGUUCGUAUAACAUUGCAACAUUGCGUGGUUUUGGUUUUUUUUCUGUGUUUUUUUUUUCCUCUUUUGAACAUCGAACUGCUUCAGAAAAGGAUUUUCGAGUUGAUUCUGUAAAAUGGACGAGGAAACACCACUGCUGAAGCGAAGAGCUACACUUUCUGGAUCUCAGGUUAGAAACUCCGGGCUUUACCUGGCUGUGUUCGCCGCUGUCCUGGGAAAUUUCAACUUUGGGUACUCCUUGGUCUAUUCCUCUCCAGUUCUGCCCAAGUUAAAAAGUCCAGAUGCAGACCCUCGGCUCAGGAUGGACACAGAACAGGCUGCUUGGUUCGGCUCCAUCUACUCCCUGGGCGCGGCGGCUGGCGGGCUGGGGGCCAUGAUGCUCAACGACCUGAUUGGACGGAAGCUCAGCAUCAUGAUGUCCGCCGUGCCUUCAACUGUUGGGUACAUGCUGCUAGCAGGAGCUGUAGACUUAUGGAUGCUACAUUUGGGCCGUUUCCUAACGGGGGUCGCUGCCGGCAUGACAGCAGCGUCCAUUCCAGUCUACAUUUCUGAGAUCUCCCACAAACGAGUGCGGGGAGCUCUGGGCUCCUGUCCUCAGGUCACGGCUGUGUUUGGGAGUCUGACCCUCUACGCUCUAGGUCUGGUGGUGCCGUGGCGCUGGCUGGCGGUGGCAGGGGCCGUGCCAGCGGUGUUGAUGUUGGUGCUUCUUACAUUUAUGCCCUCCUCCCCUAGAAGACUGCUCUCCCUCGGCCGACAGCAGCAUGCAGAGAAGGUCCUCCGCUGGCUUAGGGGAAGUCAUUACGACACCCACAGCGAGCUCAGGGACAUACAGGAGAGCAUCGACAAUCAGUCGACAGUCAAAUGGUCCAACUUGGUCACACCCAUCUACUACAAGCCAAUCAUUAUCUCAGUGGUGAUGCGUUUUCUGCAGCAGAUGACAGGAAUCACACCAGUCUUGGUUUAUCUGGAGCCCAUUUUUGAAAAAAGCCAAGUGUCUAUUGAGCCGAGGUACGAUGCUGCAAUCGUGGGGGCAGUCCGCCUGUUUUCCGUUGCCAUAGCAGCAUUUUUGAUGGACAAAGCCGGACGGAAAGCCUUGCUGUACACCUCCAGCAUGCUGAUGUUCGUGGCCUCCCUGACCUUAGCCAUCUCCUCCCACACCACGACCUGCCCUCCAGGCCCCUCUCCUCCGAACCACACAGCGCUGGACUACGGCUCCCCCGACAACAUUGGCGUCACCUUUCAAAGCAGUCAGCAAACCGCCGCAGGCCUCAUCCCUCUCGUCUUCACGGUGGUGUUUAUAUUUGGAUAUGCUAUGGGAUGGGGCCCGAUCACAUGGCUGCUGAUGUCAGAGGUGCUCCCGCUGGUGGUCAGGGGGAAGGCCUCGGGACUGUGUGUGACCGUCAGCUGGCUGACGGCCUUCGCCCUCACCCACGCCUUCACUCACCUGGUGGACAGCUACGGCCUGUACGUCCCGUACCUGAUGUUCACCGUGGUGUGCGUCCUCUGCUUGCUCUUCAACGCCGUGUGCGUCCCAGAGACAGGCGGACGCUCACUGGAGGAGAUAGAGAACUAUUUCAGGACAGGACGCACAUUCACCAUCACCAGGAGCGCUUCCACCUUACAGUCUCACUGAGCCAUGUAGCCUUUUGUUUUACAUAUUCUCAAGAGUGAAGUAGAUGGAUUUGGGAGCUCAUAUUUUUAGCACAGAUUCAUGCGUGUGAUGAUGUUGGCUUUGAGUUCUUCCAUGUAUUACAGUUUUGACUGACCAGAACACUCCUUGCUGCUAAAAACACCCAUCAUUUUAUCACUAUUAUUUCUUAAAAAUGUGCAUUUUAUGUCAUGACAAUGUAAUUUUCUUUUGAUGACUAUAUGCAGGUACAUUGGUCCAAACACAAUGUGAUUAAAUGCACAAACACAACAACACACAUGUUUAAACAGUACACUGAUUAAAUUCAGAUUUACUAUAAACACAGACUUGCUGGAGCACAUCAGCUAAUUUGUUCUUUUUUUGUCAAUAGUCUUAUUUUAUUUAGCUCAAUACCUUAAAGGACUUCAUUACGACGGAGUAUUAGGGCCAAAUUACAAACAUGUAGAAAAAAAUCUAAGUACUACGCAGUAGUAAAUUUACGAGAAAAAAACAUGUAACUUCAAUUUUGAGAAUAAAGUCGUACAUUUUAGACUUUAAUCGAUGACUUGAAUUUUCGUACAUUUACGACUUUCAUUGAUGAAUUAAAACCUCUACUUUAAAGGGUAACCAAAGUUGGAAGCUUACUCCACCCACAGCCAAAAUUGAAAGUCAGAUGGGUGGGGCUUGGGGGCAGGACUGUUAUUAUUACUGGAGCUGCAGAUAAUGAUCAUGAAGUGAGACUUCUGAGACUUACAUGGUCUGACCAAUCACAAAAUUUAACUACAAUACCUCAAUUCAACCUUUAAGGGGCAGCAAAAAAAAUGUUUUUUGACAAUAUUUCCAAGAAUUAGAAUUAAACAAUUUUAUUGUAAUUUAUAAAAAAAAUGGCAAUGACCAACAAACAGACAGCACUUUUAAAGCCCCAUUUAUAGAGAUCAACACCAAAACAUGAGUUAAAAGUCAUGGAUUUACAAGAAAAGACACCAAAGUUCUGUUUGUUGGAGCCAUAAAGCUUCAUUUCUGGAUAUGUUUCAAAAUCAAAGAAAUUUUUAUCCUUCUGGCAACAUAAAAUUGAAUUAUUAUUUGCAUAAACACGUUGAAAAGAUCAUGCUGGAAACUGGGCCUCUUUAAACCUCUCCUCUUCCCUAAUCUUGUAAUGUAUUAUUUUUUUUGUAGCCCUAAACUUUUACAUAAAAGUUACUUUAAUACCGUGAUCUAACUUUUUUAUGGCCCCAAUACUCCGCCGUACUUCACACACCACUUGCACCACAAACUGCUUUAAAAUGGAUAUUCUUGAGAUCAGGGGUCUGCAACUUAAGGUUCCAGAGUCACAUUCGGCUCUUUAUAAUCCCUCCUUUGUGGCUCCUUGGGCUUAAAGAAAAAUGUACAUGAUUUCAAUAAAUGAUGCUUUUGUAGUAA